AACUCCUGCAGACUUCACAACAGUGAGUGAUUUAUUUUUUCUAUUUCAUCUAACAAUAUUUAAAGAAAUGUUUGUAUUUAUGUCUAUAUGUAUUUGUAUACUUUUUUAGUAAUCAAACUAUUUUCUGGCCGAAAAAAAGCCGUAUCGUUUUCUCUAAAUGGUAUAACAAGUGGUUCAAUUAUUCAAGCUAUUCUCCCCCUGGCCCCAGGGGAGCCUCCUCCCUCUUGCCAUCCUCCGCCGAGACCCUCGCUGCGCCACUUGCAGCUGAGACCCAAGGCGAAGAAUUAAUGAGCAAAUUGAAACAGACUCUAUGGCCGUGCCCCAAAUACUUUAAAUGAACUGUCGCUUGAUAUGUUUAUGUGUCUGAAAGCUCAGCACGUCUCCGGGUGUGUUUUGCUGCAGGCUGGCAGUCCUGACAGAAUGUCCCACAACAUGGCCAAGAUCGCAGAUGCUCGAAAGACGGUGGAGCAAUUAAAGCUGGAGGUCAACAUAGAGAGGAUGAUGGUAUCCAAAGCAGCUGCCGACCUGAUGGCCUAUUGUGAAGCACAUGCCAAAGACGAUCCUCUGGUGGCCCCUGUACCCUCCUCAGAGAACCCCUUUAGAGAAAAGAAGUUAUUCUGUGAGAUACUUUAAACUCUGUGUCAUGUGUUGUCUGUGUGUUUUGUUCCUGUAGUUCGCUCAUAUGUUGAAGAUGAUGGU